ACCAAAGCUUUUUAAUUUUCCUCGAGGCCAGUCAGUCGGCUUUCAAAGCUGCUACCCGCAUGCAAAAUUCCACAAAUUUACAUUUUUCAUUCAUAAUUACAACGGUUGACUGAUCUGAACUGAAGUGAUAAGGAAAACAAAUGAUAACUGAGAAGGCACGCAAAGGUCACAAACAAAGCUAGCUUUUCUCUCGGUGUUUACUUCAAUAGCCUAGACGUAUUUGUGUAGCCACAUACGUAAAUCGGCAAAAGCCCAGUGAGAGUGGAAAAGAAGCAGCGUGCACGUUUCCCGCCUAAUUUCAGCCAGAAGGAAGGACGACAACAAUCGUUGCUCGAAAGAUUCUCCUGAGAAUUCCAAUCUCUCCAAUGAAGCUAUCCACAGACGAAGUUUUCGAGAGGAUUGGAAGCUUUGGUCGCUACCAAAUUGUGCUCAACAUAUUUGUUAAUAUUGCUUAUGCAUUAUGGUGGGCGUUCCCCGUCAUGGCAAUGGUAUUCAUUGCAUCGGACCCCGGAUGGAAAUGCAAAAACAACUCAACCUGCCCUUUCACUGGCACCAUCAGUUUGGGAGACGACAGAUACAAACAUAGAUGUGAUAUUCCCCGGAAAGAUUGGGACUUCGCCGACGAAUUCACUUCGGUAGUAACGGAGUUUGAUCUUUAUUGUGAACGAGGUGCUCUUGGAUUUGUAUCAACCUCUGUAAUCUUUGCUGGGUUUCUAGCUGGUUGCAUUGUUGUUAGCCCCAUCUCCGACAAGUUUGGCCGGAAGCUCCCUACUUUUGUGUGUGGCUUUUUCUGCGCCGUGUUCAACUUUGUUUCAGCUUUUGCUCCAGCUUUCUGGGUGUUUGCUCUCUUUCGAGGAAUCGUCGGUUUCAUGAUUGGCGCUUACAGUAUUCCAAUCUUUGUUUUGACAUCUGAGUUCUCUGGGGUUCGUCGACGAGGGACUGCAGGGUCGGUUGUUUGGGUUGGGUACGAGUUGUUCGUCAUGGUUUUAGCACUAAUUGCGUAUGGAAUAAGAGACUGGAGACAACUGGUUAUUGUUACUGGAGUUCCUGGGAUCGUCUUUGCCGCUGGAUAUUUUUUCAUUCCUGAGUCGGUUCGCUGGCUCCUGAAGAAGGGAAGAUACACUGAGGCAAGGAAAACUUUGUCAAAAGUCGCUCUACUGAAUGGCAAAGAGAUGCCAGACGAACCAAUAUAUUUACCAAAGGAGGAACGCCUUGGUGACAUACGGGAUUUGUUUUCCUCCCCCAAAAUGGCUCAUAAGACACUUGGUUGCUGGUUCAUGUGGUUUGCAGUGUCCUUUAUAACCUGGGGGAUAAGCUUUAGUGCUCCCUUUGUAGGCGGUAAUAUUUACUCUAACGUGGCGAUAAGUGCAGCCGCCUCUCUGCCUGCUUACCCUUUCUGUGCUCUUUUGACUGUGUGGUUUGGCCGCAGAAAAUCCCUGUUUAUUUCGUUUCUAGUAGCUUCUGCUGGAGCCAUUGGUGCCCUCCUAAUGACGGAUAAAGCCGAAUAUGACACAGGUUAUCUGGCUGGUAAGAUUUUUAUGUCCAUGGUCGUUGCAAAGCUGGCCAGUGUUGUCGCAUUCACCUUAGUUUACAUUUAUGCCGCGGAGCUAUUUCCAACGACACUGAGGAACGUUGCCAUGGGUACAUCAACAUCCUGGGCCCGUGUGAGCGGUUUUGCUUCAGCUUAUGCCCCUCUUCUGCUGGAAAUACACCGUUUUCUGCCAUUUGGAAUCAUGGCUGGUCUUGCUCUAGCUUCUGCCCUAAUCUGUCUGACUUUACCCGAGACACUCGACCAACCUAUGAUGGAAGAUUUGUCUCGGGAUUCAAACGACCAAGAUCACAAACAAGAUGAGAACUUCAACGCAAAUGGUGUUUCUCCAGAGGAAAACACUUUAUUGUGAAGUAGUAUUUUUUUACUAUCGUUCUGCUUUCAAUAGCAGAAAUAAAAAUACUAUAAUCUUUUCCUUAUUAAGCCAAAAGUACCAGCUACUUCAAUAGGUUAGUUGUAUAUCUUUGCUGUGGUACCGUUGAUUUAGCGUGGAUAAAAUACCGUUCAACGGAACAACUUGAUUUUUUAUCAUCAUCAUCAUCAUCGAUGUUAUUGUUAUUUUUAUCAUAAUAAUUGUCAUUCACAGAUUUUCCCUUUCGACCUUUCGGUGUCAUUAUAAAGUGGCUCUGAUCUUGAACUGCGGCGCGAGUUUCCAAGGAGUUGCAUACACAAACCUUCAGAAAUUACCGUUAGAUUUGGUACUGAGAAAUUUGGCUUCCGAUACUGCUAAAUUCGUCUCAGCUUAUCAACCUGGCCGCACUCGCGCUCAGCCUAAAUGAAGGGAAUCACAAUGCGCGGUUCACAGCAACGGUCAGUCACUUUCAGUAGCUCCGGCAUGUCAAAACAGAUCUCUAAGAGAUGAAAAGGAGUGAGGUUCUUGCGAGUCAAAGGUAAUAGGUCACAAGACAAGACCCAAAACAACCGUGCACGACACGAAGGCAAGUUUCAUCAGGUUUGGAUGAUCGCUCGAAACUGAGAACGCGGUGUUAAAAUUGUCUAUGCAUUUUGUUAAUUGCAGAGUAAAUCAUGGUGUACAGACUAUACACAAACACGCUAAUCACCACCACAAGAAGCUAGAGUCGCUCUCGGUUAUCGCAUCGUGCAACUCUUACUCUUCUUUUGUGCUUAGCAGCCCGGCUUCCAAGUGCAUCCAUCACUCAAUCUGUAAGCUGUCGUGUUUACCAUUUGUUUUAUAACAACAUUGAUACAUUGUAGCGAGAGAGUUCACUUUUAUUUAACACUGAAAUCUUACGUGACCAGAAAAAACAAGCGCGCAGAAACUAGUCUUUGUAUUUUCUCACGUCAGCAACGUACAUCCAUGAGCAAAUGGUAAACAAUGAAUCGACUAAUCAGAGCGCGCGCUUGUUAGAAUGAAUCAUGGAGUACGGAGACAACCAUCGUUUUGAACAAAAGAACGAUGAAAUUUUAUUUCAUUUAACAUCAGUUCCUCCCAGAGUCGGGGCAUCACAAUUUCACGUUAUAUUAAUUACAAACAAAAGUGAUCUUUAUAUUGUAAACAAUAAUAAUAAUAGUGAACCAUAUAAAUUUAAAUACUCUCUUAUGUAGAAACGUAAGCUUUUAUCUUCAUUCAUUCAAUGUUGAACCAAACGCAUUUAAUUUUCAGUUCCACCAUAUGAAACACUUUACCUUCUGCAGGUUUCAUCAUCUCAAGCAAGCAUACACUCUUUUUCAAUUAUUUUGUGUAAAAUAUAUAACCUAUUAUACAAUUUAAUGUUCCUUUAUCGAAAAAGAAUUUUUCAUUUGAUUAUUCAAAAUUUACCAAUCAACAUCAAGCGGAAAAUGGCCGUGGCGGAUGAAACUUUGGACGCCAGCGCUAACCUAGUAUUCUAGCAUGCUUUCGUCAUUCCACUUCGCAGAAGUUUUACAGAAUAACUUAAUCAAGGUUUUUCUUUUUUUUUUUAGAUUUACAAUCUACUGACUUAAUCUUGCACACUACAUGUACUGCCGGAUAAAUUGCAUUAUAACAGUUUGAACUGAAUUCCAAUUCGGACCAAUUCAAAAUAUCCAUCGACGAAUCACCUUGUUACCCGACACGUUAGAUCAUUUCAAUAUAGUAUGUUGUUUCCCUCCUUGCUACUGAUUAGCUGCUUGAACGAAAAACUCUCAUAAAAAAAAAAAAAAAAA